GUGCUUGUCAUCGUGGUGGAUCGCUUGCUGGAUGAUGAUACUGCGAUCUGAUUGGUACAUUUCUGAAGAUGGAUGGAAAUGCACCAAUCAAAACGCAGUAUUUUUAUCCCCUGGCGCAUCAUGCGUGAAACGAAACGGAGCCCAUGUGUGACACGCGGAAAGCAAUUAUAAAGUUACGCUGAUGUAGUAUAUGAAUGAAAAACUGAAAAAUGAAGCAAUUUAAAGCGAUUAUCGAGGAUGUUAAAGUGGAUACAACUAAAAUUCAACCAAUAAUUGUAAACUUUCAAAACGGUGAGCUUAAAGAUGAAGAAGUUAAAAAGAUAUCUUGUGGUUUAUUUCACGAUCAAAGAGAAGACCAGACUGUAUUGGCACUGUCAGAUGGGCAGACUGUAUACAAAGGUUAUAAGCCAGACCCUAAGACACAAAUGACACGAAAGAUGCUAGUGUUUCAUAAUAAAGUCACAGGUAAGGUACGGUUGGUUGAAGCUGAACUAUGGGAUGUAAGUCCGGUACUUCAAAAACCAGUUAUAGAAGAAAAUAAGAAUGAUGUAGAUGAUAAGAUUGCAAUGUUAAAUAAGCAGUUUGGAUCAAAGAAAGUCAAACGUAGAACUGAACAGUAUGAAAAGUUAAAAGUAAAUGUUCAUUCUGUCAAGGAUCAACUUGAGAAAACAGUAUCAAAUAUUGAAGUUAACAGGGUAGAUUUAUCUACUGAAUUACCCAAUGAAUAUAUCACAAAUACAAAUCUACCAUCAUGCAAUAGAGAAGCAACUAAUGUCAAAGAUGUAUAUAAUAUAUAUGAUAUUAUACCAAAAAGCAAAUUGGAGACAUUGUAUGACCAAGCAAUGGAAAUCCUUAAAGGAAAUAUAGACGGGAAACCUAAAUUUUUCACACGUAUCUUAAGGACUAUACAAUCAGAUCCAGACAAUGUAAAUAAAGUUGCCAUGUUACUCUACAUUGAAGCAACUAGUAUAUGGUUCGCCAUGCCAAUGAAAGAUGCAAAGAAACGUGACGUUGUCGUGUGUCAAGCUUCCAAAGAGGUGAACACACACAUUAUUGACACAUAUAGUGUCUUAAGCGCAAGUGGACGAUUGAGGCCAAAUACUAUAAAGGACAAAGCUAUCAUACACAGUCUAAUACUCGCGCUGACAAUAUUGAAUUAUACGUUAGAUUUAGAAUCAUUUCGACUUAUGCUGGAGACUCGGAUAAGCUUAAAAAAGCUGUUGGAUCUAUCGAAGAUCAUUGGUGCAGUUCCUAAUAAAGAUGAUAAGAAAAUAAUUACAUUGAAAAUUCCGUUACCAGCACCGGUGCCUGUUGUUAAAAAAAAGAGGAAUUCAAUCAAUAAAUCUAACCAGUAGCACCAAUGUAACCAGUGACUGUUACAUAUUUUGUUGAUAUUUUGAUUAUGAGAAUUAUAUGCUUUGUAUGAUCAUGAGCAUAUUAUUCCGUAAAAUUGUAAUAUUGAGAAGUGCAUGUAAUAUGUUUUAUUUGACUACAAAUGAAAUUUUUCAACUUUGAUGGACUC